CGCAUGUGUCUGAAGUGCUGAUUGGCUCCGGUGGAGAAGCUUGGCGGUCGGUGGUUCCGGAGCCUCCUCGGGAUGUCGGUGGCCUUCGUACCCGACUGGCUGAGGGGCAAGGCGGAAGUCAAUCAAGAGACGAUCCAGCGGCUCCUUGAGGAGAAUGACCAGCUGAUCCGCUGUAUUGUGGAGUAUCAGAACAAGGGCCGGGCGAACGAGUGCGUCCAGUACCAGCAUGUGUUACAUAGAAAUCUCAUUUAUUUGGCUACCAUCGCAGAUGCCAGCCCAACCAGUACUUCAAAAGCAAUGGAAUAGUCUUUCGAAAGCAAUGGAAUAAUCUUCCAGUUGGCUGUCAUGAGGAGUAAUUAAGUGUAAUCCAUCUCUUACAAAACAGAGACAGGAUCUUUACCAACUUAACUGGUUAAAACAUGAAUGAAACCUCCUUGGCUCUUUCAAAAAAUGUGAAAAUGUGAAGAAAGCUACUAACUUAACUGAAUUCUCAAUGUAAAUUUUUUUUUCUUUUCAUGGUAAGCUUACCGUUCAAUUUUUUUUUUAAAUAAUUAAGCGAAUCCCUCAAUGAGUUGAGCCCAGGUGUCCUGUUUCCUGAGCUUGGAGCAAGUUUGGAUAACAAAGACAUCACUGGGAUGUUUGAGUCUACUUUUUAGUUUCAACCUGAAGAGAAAACUGAGUAGGUAUUGGGCAGGUAUUGGUGAGACUCCUGACUUGAGACCUUGCUAAAUGGACAUGUAACUGUGUGCUCCUUCCUACCAGUCUGUAAAUGUGGUCCCCCCACUGCUGUUUUCAGAUUGUUUGAAAUAAAGCUUACUUUUCUAUAAAAUAC